AUGCAGUCUGGAGUGAAGACGCUCUCCGCAGGUGGAGGUGCGUCACUCUGCUGCCUGCUGCUCCUCUGGCUCAUCUACUCCCAUCUGCUCAGAGAGGGCCAGUUGGCGGUGGGAACCUGCGAGAUAGUGAUGCUCAACAGAGACAGCAGCGUUCCAAGACGGACCAUCGCGAGGCAGACGGCCCGCUGCGCCUGCCGGAGAGGCCAGAUCGCCGGGACCACCAGGGCGAGGCCGGCAUGUGUAGACGCGCGAAUCGUGCGGAGUCGUCAGUGGUGCGAGAUGGCUCCCUGCCUGGAGGGGGAGGUCUGCAGCUACCUGUUCAACCGCUCCGGCUGGACCUGCACCAGGGGCAGCGGUCGCAUCAAGACCGUCACGGCUCCUCUCACAGUGCAACAUGCAUCCAAUGCCUCAGAGCUGCCAAUGCCGCAGUGCUGA